GCAACGAAGAGUUGCAUAAAGCAUCUCUGUUGAUCAAAACUGAUUGAACAUUGGAAAUAUUUUCAAACGUGCUCAUUGGCUGCUUAAAUUAAAUGAUAAGCAAAAAUAUCAAAGCAAACUCCUAAGGAAAUCCAGUCCAAGAACUUCACAUGGAGACUUCAUUGCUUAGGUCUUUCUCAUUUCUCGCUGCAGAAAUAUCUCCAAUCUUCCUCAUCAAUUUCUUAGCUACAACUGUUUUGGUCAUUGCCGCGGCUCUCUAUUUUCAUUUCAGAUCCAAGAGUAUAUACCUUAUAGACUUCACCUGCUAUCUGCCUCCUGAUAGCUUGCGCGUUCCAACAUCGAAUUUCAUCGAGCACAUUGAAAUAUCUGGAAUGCAUGACAGAGAAAGUGUCGAUUUUCAAACGAAGGUGUUGGAAAGAUCAGGGAUUGGAGCAGAGAGUUGCAUGCCUAUUACAGUGCAUGAGAUCCCACCUUAUUCCUCUUUAAAAGCUACUAGAAAUGAAACUGAAACGGUUCUCUUCACUAUUGUCAAAGACCUCCUUUCCAAGCACAAAAUAAAUCCGAAAAGCAUCGACAUUCUUGUGUCAAACUGUAGCCUUUUCUCCCCCACACCGUCCAUUACAUCUAUGGUCAUAAACAAGUUUGGAUUCCGAAGCAACAUAAAGAGCAUCAACCUCAGUGGAAUGGGUUGCAGUGCCGGAAUCUUGUCAAUAAGUUUGGCAAAAGAUCUUUUAAAAGUUCACAAGAACUGCUUGGCCUUAGUUCUCAGCAUGGAAGCUGUGACUCCCAAUGGCUAUGGGGGUAGAAUGAAAUCCAUGCUUCUUCCCAACAUUUUGUUUCGGAUGGGAGGAGCUGCUAUCCUAUUAUCGAACAGGAAGCAAGAGAAGCGAAUAGCUAAGUAUGAGCUCCAGCAUCUUGUCCGAACACACAUUGGUUCGGAUGAUGAGGCGUACCAAUCUGUUUUCCAGCAGCCCGAUGAAGCAGGGCAUGUUGGGGUCUUGUUAUCACGAGCACUUUUACGUGUGGCAACAAAAGCUCUAAGAAGUAACAUGUCAGAGUUGGGGCCACUUGUGCUACCAUAUUCGGUGCAGCUCCGCUAUGCAUGGUCAGUGAUCUGCAAGAAACUUUGGUUUCUACCAAGCGAAAAGGGAAUUUAUGUGCCGAAUUUCAAGAAGGCGAUUGAGCAUUUCUGUAUACAUGCUGGUGGAAGGGCAGUGAUUGAUGGCAUAGAAGACAGUCUGAAGCUGCACAAGGAGGAUGGAGAAGCUUCAAGGAUGACAUUACACAGAUUUGGCAAUACUUCAUCUUCUUCAAUUUGGUAUGAGCUCUGCUAUUUGGAGGCAAAAGGAAGGUUGAAGAAAGGAAACCGAGUUUGGCAAAUUGCCUUUGGAAGUGGCUUCAAGUGUAACAGCGCAAUUUGGAAGUGCAUUUCAGAUAUUGAUCCAACAAAAAGAAAUGCAUGGUCUGAUAGCAUCCAUUUCUAUCCUACUCAGACUGACACCCUUAACUAAGAUUUUCUGAAUUGCUGUUGUAAUUUUAUUUAACCUUCGUUGUAUUGUAUCCAUUUUCAAUCCAAGAAAAGUUUCAUAUUUUUCCUGCUUCGCAUCGAUUCCAUAUCCAACAUUGUCUUUCUGGUUUACUGGUUUAAAGUUCUUAAUUAGAUCUUCAAAUGCUCGUACCAUAUCAUUAACUUUUAUAAUUGCACAACAGGCGAUUUUUUUCAUUCCCAUCCAUCACAGGGUUUUAACUUUUAGAAUCAACAAAUAGACCAAAAACAAGCAAAAUUGGUGAUAACAAUAUGAUUUUGCAGAAGCCAUUAAUCUAGUGCAAUGAAAUAAUUCAAGUACUCAAAACUUCUCUAGAAGCAAAGGGAUGCCGUAGCGAAGCUAAACUGAGAGAGCCAAAAUCGCUACCCUUUACAAAUCAAUGUUACUUGACUCACAUGUUAAUGCCUUCCCUCCCCCAACCCUUUUUAGAUAAGCAAUGGAUUUAAUUUCCAAUUAAUUGAUGGUGGGGAAAACUAUGAUGGGAAGAUUCUUUUAAGGUCCCUUGUUUUAAGUUCUGGGCAUUUUUCCACGGCCAAUAUUAUGGUGCGAUUGGUUGUUUCAUGCAAAAUUGGAGUUCUCAAGUGAGGAGGUUUCAUCUUAUGCACAUGAAAACGUUGUGACUGAACAAACUAGAGAUUGCCUUUACCCAUGAAAUGCAACUAUCCAGAGAAAACGAUUGGCAGUUAACUUGGAGACUUUAGAGUUUGAUUUUUGUAGGAUAAGUUGGAGCAUCUCUAAUAGAAGUCGAAAAAACGCAACUCUAACCGUGCUCCCUAUUUAGCUCCUAAAAUAGGACACCUCUAGGAUCUCCUAGAUAUGAAGAAAGAGAAAGAAAAUCCUAAUGGCUUCUUAUAAUUAAUUAUCAUUAUUUUAACAUUAUUAACUUUAAUCAUAUUGGCUCC